AUGAGGCAAUCAAGGCAGAUACGAGUCCCUGAAAAAACCCCGCUAGAAAAUGUCCUAGAAGAGUUUGAACCACAUCAGAUAUACAACGUCGACGAAACUGCGAUAUUUUAUCGCAUCAUGCCAGAACGCACACUGGAGUUCAAAGGUGUGAAUUGUCUUGGUGCCAAAAAGAGCAAGGAACAAUUAACAGCCCUCUUUUGCAGUAACCAGAACAGAACCGAUAAGUUGCCGCUACUGAUAAUUGGGAAGUCAAGAUAUAUUCUUCCGCUUGAAGAAUUUACAGUAAUUGCCAAGAUAGACAGUGGAACCAACGCUUUGUUUGUCUUAGAUUUUGAAAAUAUCCGCGAACUGGUAGUAGUGUGUAAUGGAGACCGUUUUGUAGCCAACACCAGUUACUUCUAUAAUGAAACAGGUAUUCACCAACUGAAUGUACUGGUUUCAAACUACAUUGGCCAAAUCAGCGACACCAUGGAUGUCUUUGUGAUGUACAAGCCAAACGGCUUCACAAUUACGCAGUCAGCUCCAUCGCUAUUGCAAAGCACAGAAAACGCCGUCUUUACCAUUGCUCUGGACAACACUGCACAGAUCUCGAUGAACAACCUGACAGUCUCUUUCCAGCAGAGUAAUUUAUGUGAUUUCAUUGUGGCCGAGUCAUUGAUUAUCUCCCCUGGUAACUCUAAAAAUUUUGAGUAUUCUUUUCUAGCACAAGGAAACUAUACAAUUAAAGUGAAAAUUACAAAUGCUGUAGGAAGCAUCUCGAAUUCAUUUGAUGUUUAUGUGUGGGAUAAAUUGAACGUCAGUCUCCAUUUCCCCAUCUAUGUAGUCGUGAACGAAGAAGUUAAUUUCUCUUUGGAUGGACAUCCACCAUUUGGAUUCCAGUACAAAAUUGAUUUUGGUAAUGGUAUUGUUAGGGCAAAUAACAGUGAAGACAUUUUCUAUAGCACAUACUCUCCAAUAGACCUCACUGGUAUUAUAUACACUGAUCCUGGAAAUUAUACUAUUCAUCUUGAAGCAACAAAUUCGAUGUACUCGGUAGUGCAAUGCAUUGAAACCACAGCAGUCAUUCCUAUCGAUGGACUGUUGAUCGACUGGGGAAAUGCGGUUAAUCUUAUAAGAAAGCCCUACGAGGUUCAGGUGAACGUAAGUAAAGGGACCAACGUCACUGUCAUGGUCAAGUUUAAUGAAGACGUUUACGUAUACAAUGAAUGUCAGUACAUGCAAGCCGAAUAUAUAUACGCUGCUGUAGGGAAGUACACAGUUAACGUGGUGGCAUUCAAUCCUGUUAGUAAUACAUCUAACAUGUUUGAUCUUGAGGUAGUAUAUGACUUAAAUGGAUUCACUAUUAGCCAAGAAAAAAACAUUCUGCCGACAACUGAAAACGCCAGUUUCGGUAUCCACUUGAAUGAAACAGCUGCAGUUCCAAUGGGCAAUAUGUCAGUCAUCAUCACGUAUAAUGAUACAUUUUAUUUCAUGUGCCCAUUGAUUAUUUCGCCUAGAGGCACCCAAGAGUUUCCGUUUCAUUUUGUAUCACAGGGAAAUCACUCGGUCACAGUAACAGUAGUGUCCACAUUUGGAACGCAGGUAUCAAAGGAACUGGAUGUCUAUGUCUGGGAUUUUCAAAACAGCUUCACAAUCACGCAGUCAACUCCAUCGCUAUUGCAAAGCACAGAAAACGCCGUCUUCACCAUUGCUCUUGACAGUAUUGCACAGGUCUCGACGAGCAACUUGACAGUCACUUUCCAGCACAGUAAUUUACCUGAUGUCAUGGUGGCCGAGGCAUUGAUUAUCAACCCUGGUAACUCUAAAAACUUUGAGUAUUCUUUUGCAUCACAAGGAAACUAUACAAUUGAAGUGAACAUUACAAAUGUUUUAGGAAGCAUCUCGAAUUCAUUUGAUGUGUAUGUGUGGGAUAAAUUGAACGUCAGUCUCCAUUUCCCCAUCUAUGUAGUCGUGAACGAAGAAGUUAAUUUCUCUUUGGAUGGACAUCCACCAUUUGGAUUCCAGUACAAAAUUGAUUUUGGUAAUGGUAUUGUUAGGGCAAACAAUAGUGAAGACAUUUUCUAUAGCACAUACUCUCCAAUAGACCUCACUGGUAUCAUCUACACUGAUCCUGGAAAUUAUACUAUUCAUCUUGAAGCAACAAAUCCGAUGUACGCAGUAGUGCAAGACUUUGAAAUCACAGCAGUCAUUCCUAUCGAUGGACUGCUGGUCGACUGGGGAAAUGCAGUUAAUCUUGUAAGAAAGCCCUACGAGGUUCAGGUGAACGUAAGUAAAGGGACCAACGUCACUGUCAUGGUCAAGUUUAAUGAAGACGUUUACUUAUAUAAUGAAUGUCAGUACAUGCAAGCCGAAUAUAUCUACACUGCUGUUGGGAAGUACACAGUUGGCGUGCUUGCAGUCAAUCCUGUUAGUAAUGAAUCUACCACAUUUGAACUUGAGGUAGUAUAUGACUUGAAUGGAUUGACUAUUAGCCUAGAACAAAACCUUCUGCAGACAACUGAAAACGCCAGUUUCGGUAUCCACUUGAAUGAAACAGCUGCAGUUCCAAUGGGCAAUAUGUCAGUCAUCAUCACGUAUAAUGAUACAUUUUAUUUCAUGUGCCCAUUGAUUAUUUCGUCUAGAGGCACCCAAGAGUUUCCGUUUCAUUUUGUAUUACAGGGAAAUCACUCUGUCACAGUAACAGUAGUUUCCAUAUUUGGAACACAGGUAUCAAAGGAACUGGAUGUCUACGUCUGGGAUGUUCUAAAUGUAAGUCUAUCAGUCGAUCACAACAGUUUUGAAGUUGGUGCUCAUCCUACAUUUCAGAUACUUCAUCCGCCACCUUCUGGCUUCUUAUACACUAUUAACUUUGGCGAGUCUACAGUACUAAAUCAAAGAGACCAUUCUAUCUUAUCUGAUCUCUAUAAUCCCAUUAUCUUCCCAUUGUCGUUUAAGUAUGAUGUACCAGGACAAUAUUUCAUAACUUUUACUGCAUACAAUGAUAUUUAUAUGACGGUCCAAAACCAGUUGUUGAACAUACAGUACAGAUUACCAGACAGUUACCUCCAGAUUAAUCCAAAACGAACAUAUGUUAUUCCUGAUGAUAUUGCUACAUUUAAAAUAUUUUCAAAAUCCAACAGCACUGCUGCCAAACCCACUAAUGUCUUCUGUAAUAUUGAUUAUGGUGAUGGGACCGUCUUACCAGAUACCUCCACUGAGUUUGAUUACGACGACACUGGCUUUGGACUUCUACUAGAACACAGUUACGCAACAGCUGGAACACACGAAUUCAUUCUGAACUGCAGCAACCUAAUAAGCAAGCUUGUCCUCUCGUCCACGAUCCUUGUGAAAGAGGUUACUGCUGAUUCCUUCAGCAUUUCUUACAGUAGCGACAGUCUGCUGUUCUCGUUGAUGGUUGAUCUCCACCUGUAUGACUUGACAACUCCUCCCAACAAUGUCAGGCUUGAGUGGGAUUUUGGUGAUGGCUCUAGUCCUGAAAUAGAUGAUCCCAUGAUUAGCUUUGCUAAGCAGCACACCUACACAAAGAGAGGGACUUAUUCAGGUUUUGUCAACAUAACAUAUGCCAGUGACACAGUCAGCAAACCAUUUGAUGUCAGAAUUGGGACUUUUGAAAUAAAAUUAAUGACAGCUGAAACUAUUGGGUUGGUGUCUAACAAGCAGUUUGAUUUUAAGCUAACUAACUAUUUACCUGGAACAGCUGCUACUGUUGAUGUUAUAUGGGGUGAUGAAACCACGGACACAUACACAUUUGAUCAAGGUCAAUCACAGAAGCCGUUUAAUCACAUAUUUGUAUUAGGUGGAGUGUUUACACCACAAAUUCAGGCAACUACGAAUAAGGGUAUUGAAAAUUCAUCUCUUGAAAAUUCAAUCAUCAUACAGAAUGCUGUCCAAAACCUAACAUGGACUAUAUCAUCAAAUGUCAUACUUCUGAGUCCAUUUGCACCGAAACUUAUAUACACUGGCAACCAGUUCCUAAUAAAUAUAACAUGCGUCUUCAAUUUCGAAGAUGCCAGUUUGACCAUGGAAAACAUUAACCUGACCACUGAGUCACCAGAGGUAUUCUCUCCAGAAUUUACAUACCUCACAGAAAAGGAGAGGUCCAUUUCUGUAACCUGUUCAAACCUCUUCACCAGUCAGACUCUGACAGCUACGAUUCUAGUUUUGAGCGAUUGUUUUAAUUCCGGCAACAUGUUUGAAACAACUUACCGAUCUGUUAGCACACCACUGAAAGCAUUAAUGUCAUCUAUUCCUGUCAUCUCAGGGCGCGUGGAACUCACAUCAAAGUGUCAUAACAGCACUGAUUUGACCUACACAUGGACAGUUGAAGAGCAAUACACUUCUGAAUCUACUGGAUGGAAAAAAUUGAAUGUCCAUACCCCAAACGCGAAGUUGUAUAAUCUUGCAACUUCUGGUAUUGGACCUGGUACUUUUCGACUGACCUGCAACCUGACUAUUGUUUCAAGCAAGAAGAAAUCCAUAGAAGACUAUAUGUAUGUUGAAUUAAUAAACCCCCCAUUGGUGGCCGAACUAACAGGUGGAACACGUCGAGUUUGGGGGAAAAAUUCAGUCAUAUCUUUGAAUGCUGUGUCCAACUCCUAUGACCCAGUCAUUGGUUAUGGAAAGCAAAACCACCUUUCAUUUUCCUGGAGUUGCUAUCAAGUAAAUGAAUACGACUUGGAUAGCUAUUUUGCACCACAUAGUACAGAUACUACCUACAGGGCAAAACCUUCCUGUAAUAUUGCAUUGUCGUCAGAUGGUACCAUUACAGUUCCUGCAGGAUUCUUACCAUUAAAUGUGUGGUCUCUUUUUGAAGCAAAUAUUACCAAGGAUACUCGGGCAGCUGUCGCGAUUCAAGUUAUAAAGAUUGUUGAAGUAUCUCCGCCUCAAGUAGCUCUCGUCUGUAAGUGGAACUGUGAACUGAAGAAAGCUAGUGGGGCUCGCAUGCUUUAUGAGACAAAUGUAAUCUGCCCUGAUUGUUCCUCUGCCGAACUAGCAUCAGGUGUCUAUGAAUGGACCUUCUACAAGUACAGCGGGAAUGGGUAUGAUGUAGUGAAUAAUACAGAUUCGCACUUCCAUUCAGCAUCAUCAGCGAAGAUAUUUGAUCUGGAUGGUGACUUCAUGGAACCAGGACGCAGUUACAAGCUAAAGCUGAAAUUUACUGUGACAAAUAUAGCCCCUGGCGAGUCUGAGGUCAUAUUCUCUGUCAACGAAGACCCAUAUGGCGGAUUCUGCAGCGUGUCUCCUACGGAAGGAACGGCCACAACUGAUGACUUCACAUUCACAUGUAGUGGAUGGAAAGAUGAAGGUGCUCGCAAUACACGUGACCCGUCACAAGAUGGAAGCGAGCCUCUUACCUACGCCAUUUCACAGAUGAGAGGAAACGAAACGACUCUCAUGUACAGUGGAACCGAAUCUUCUGCAAUUCAGACUCUCGCACUCUGUCCAAAAGAAGAUGGUUAUAGAUGCUUGAUUGAAUUCAGAAUAGUGGAUAUCUUUAAAAGUGAAGCAGUCAUGGUAGUGAACAUCACGGUUACAAAUCCGAUGCCUGCUGUUCAGUUCAACACAUUUGGGAGUUCAAAAACAAGAGAUCAAAACAAGACAUCGGAAGCCGAGGCUGUCUUCACUGCGUUCCUAGACAACACUGUGUCCAAAAUGACCUCAGUGACGAACAGUAAAGACCCCGAAAAAGCUUUCAAAGUGGCAGCUACGCUCAUGUCCGCAAUUAACACCAUGGAAAUUGAACCUGUUACUGCAGAGGACAUUUUCGACGCUUCUUCUGGCGACGGAAGCGUUGGUAAUAUUGUUGCGGAUGCUCUGGAACAGUUCACCAAAGAAGACCCACAGAUAGCUAAACUUCUAGAGAUGACGGAAAUGAUUGCCAACACGAUGCUGGAUUCCAUUAACACACUCUUGGUACAGCCUUCCCAAGCUGACAGCUCGGACAACAGUAGCGGUGAAGUGGUGUCCGCCAAGCCCCCAAAGCCCGAUGUGUUGAUCAUGUUAUCGACCUCUUUGGCGUUGGUCCUAAAGAAGCCAAUUGUAGUGAAACCUAAUGUGGUGACGUUUGACGCUUUUUCAUCAUGUUACCGUCCUAAAGCCCACAGCUAA